ACACACACACACGGCACGGGCACCUUGCGGGGGUUGAAUGAUUAACCAAACAGAUAAAGGGAGGGAGAGACGAAAGAGACAGAGUACAACCGUGAAGAAGGUGAGGGGUUGGCGUAAGGUGACAGAGUGAAAGAAAGAGUGGCAAGACAGAAAGUGGAAAGACCAACAAAGGAAAAAAACGAAACAGGAGGGAAGUAAGAGGAGGAAACGGGAAUAGAUACAGGCAGUAUUGUAUUGUAUUGUAUUGUGUGGCGCUGGCUGACAAACACACUUCAGAUGGAAGAGGACAGCAGACGAGACGAGGGGAGGAUCGAGCUGAGCGAUGGGAGAGUCAUGCCUCUACUGGGACUGGGGACAUGGAAAGCACGGACUAUUACCAAUGAAGUGUGCCAGGCGGCCGCAGAGGCAGCCAUCGCCGCCGGCUACCGUCACCUGGACACGGCCUACAGUUACCGCAACGAGGUGGAGAUCGGCAAAGCCGUCCGCAACAAGAUCUCUCAAGGCAUCAUCCGCAGGGAGGACAUGUUCAUCACUACUAAGCUGUGGUGUACCCACUUCGCCCCCGCCGACAUCCCUCUCUGCCUGGACAAGAGUCUGAGUGAUCUGCAGAUGGACUAUGUGGACCUCUACCUGGUGCACUUCCCUGUGGCAUUUAAGAAGGUAGACGAUGAACUGUUUCCUAUGAAGGACGGAGAAAUGCAGACAGCCGAUAUUGAUUAUGUGGACGUGUGGCGGGGCAUGGAGGCUCUGCAGGUGUGUGGGAAGGCCAGGAGCAUCGGUGUGUCUAACUUCUCGGUCCUGCAGCUGGAGAGGCUGCUGUCCAAGGCCAAGAUCCCACCAGCCGUCAAUCAGGUGGAGUUGCACCCCUACCUGGUGCAGACGGAGCUGGUGGACUACUGCAGGUCAAAGGGCAUCGCCCUGACGGCACAGAGCGCCUUUGGAAGCCCCGGGCGACCCAAGGAGCUAGACCGCGGAGACACUGAUCCCAAGCAGUUGCUGCAGGACCCUGUAGUGGUGGAGAUAGCUAAGAAGCACAAGAGGUCACCAGCACAGGUGCUGCUUCGAUACCAGGUGCAGCAGGACAUCUGUGUCAUCCCAAUGAGCUCCAAACCAAAUCACAUACUGGAAAACACCAAGAUCUUUGACUUCUCAUUGGAUGAGGAGGACAUGACGUCACUACGGGGACUUGAUAGAGGGUGGAGGUCCUGCGUGCUAGACUCGGUGAAGAGCCAUCCGUUCUACCCAUUCGACUGAGAGUGGCCUGUCUCCUGGCUCACUGCUUCUAACAGAUUUCGUGUUCAUUCAUUCAAUCAAUCAGGGCAAUCUGAUCGCAAACACUUUGUGUAAAUUGUUUACAUGCAUUGUGACUAUACUGUGAAGUUCAAGUGUGACUAACUUUGACUGUUGUAAACAGUGAUGGGCAAACUGUAUUCAUGUGUUUUACAAUCCAGUGCCACAUAUUUUAAAAUUUUCUAGUUUCACCGUUCCAAUUCAGCCUGGGGCCUAUACUACAAAGCUGGUUCAGGAUAAGUUAAGCUUAAGUUAAGAGGUAACUCAUCUAAUAGAAGAGCCUGGAGUCGUCAUUUUCUUAAGAAAAGCUCUUCUAUUAGAUGGUUUACCUCUUAACUUAACCUUAAUUUAUCCUGAACCAGCUUUGUAGUAUACCCCCUGGUGAUUGCCAUAAUUAACUCUUAAACAGCCAAUCACCUGAUUGAAUGGGACAGGUACAGUAAAACCAGGUGAUUAAGAACAUGUGCCACUGGAUUGUAAACUAAGGAAUGCAGGUUGCUCAUCACUGGUUGUAAAUCAAUCUCAGGUGUGAAAAUAAAUAAUAAAAUAUUCUGCACUGCUGCAUUGUGUUCUUGUUCCAUCAUGAUAUAUUUUAUGUUGGUAUCAAUAACAACAGAUGGCUCUCAUCACGCCCGUAUUGAAAACUUAUUGCAAUCACUGAAAACAAUCAACAUUAUUCUUUAUUUUAAAAGGUCAUACAACAAAACAGGUUCAUUACUGUUUUUACAAAGUCCAGAGUAGGAACGGUUGAUCAUCCGAGGGUUACAAAACCCCAUCCACACCCCAUACUGGCAUACAGUAGCCACAUAUGGAGACUGUGCUGGGUGUGUCCCAGGAACAUGGAACCAUGGAACAGUCACCUUGAGAUGACUUUAAAGUGAUACUGUCCCAUUUUUGGAAAUAAGUACAUUUUACACCUC